AUGCAUCCAAGCGCUCUUCUAGGUCUGUUGACCUUCGCCGCCGUGGCUUCGGCCUUGCCCAGCCAAGGAAGUGCAUCCACAACUCCAUCGUCUAUCCAGAAUCUCAAGGAUAAGAUCAAAAACGUGGUCGUGCUAGUAAUGGAGAACCGUUCCUUUGAUAACUUACUGGGUGGCCAGACCCUUCCGGGCCUCAACAACCCCAUCCAGAGCUCGUCUCCCAUAUGCAAUCCGUAUAACGUAUCCAAUCCCCUUCAAGGGAAUGCGUGCAGUCAAGCAAACGACUAUGAUUCGAUAACCGAUGACCCAGAUCAUGCCGUGUAUGGUAACAACUUUGAGUUCUACGGCACUUUCACCCCGAACAACGCCGCGAUUGCAGCCGGCACGCUUACUCCUUCUAUGCAAGGCUUUGUUCAAGAGCAAAUUCGUGGAUACGGCUCCAAGGCUAGCAAGACAGAUUUGGGCAAGCAAGUGAUGAACUAUUACACCGAAGCUCAGGUCCCUACCUUGACUGCCCUAGUUCAAAACUUUGUUACAUUCAACUACUGGCAUUCCGGUGUCCCUGGUCCUACAGACCCUAACCGUAUCUUCUUGACUUCUGGAACCUCUCAUGGCCACGGCAGCAAUUUGGGCACUGACACUAACUACCUGUUGCCUCAGACUUCGGUCUGGCAAGCAUUGACCGAAAACAACCGCACUUGGAUCAACUACUGGGAUCCGGCUGGAGGCACCGGUCCUGAUGCUAAUUAUUACAGCUGGACUCAAUCCUCUGGAAACACCAAUAAAGUCGUGGACUUGAACAACUUCUACACUGAUGCCGCAGCCGGCGCUCUCCCUGAUUUCAGCUAUCUGAACCCAUCAUGCUGCGGCGUAGGCACUACAUCAAUGCACCCUAGCGGUCUUGUUUCCGACGGCGAGCAGCUGAUCCGAAGUGUUUACGAUGCUCUUCGCGCAAGCCCCCAGUGGGGAGAGACCUUAUUUAUCAUCACAUUUGAUGAAAGUGGCGGCUUUCAUGACCACGUGCCCCCUCCCCUUGCACCUAUCCCGGAUAGUCUUACAUUCACUCAGACCACGCCGAACGGUCAGAAGUAUACGCUUCCCUUCAACCGUCUAGGCGGCCGUAUCCCAACCUUGCUUGUUUCUCCCUGGGUUGGCAAUGGCACCGUCGAACAGAUGGGCACAAACUCUGCCGGCCAAACUGUUUCCUAUUCGGCUACCUCUAUCCUGCGUACCCUGGGAUACCUUUGGGAUUUCCAGCCUUUCAAUCCCAGGGUUGAGUGGUCUCCUUCGUUUGAUCAUUUGAUUCUGUCCACUAUGCGCACCGACACACCUACUACCCUUCCCAACGGCGCGGCUUUUUAG